AUGCGUAAGGCUGAGUGCACUCCCCGCAAUUCGCCGGGGGAGCAGCGCGAGACCGUCAGCUCCAAGCUGGGCGACUCAAUGGACUCCGACGCCGACGUUGAAGUUCAUUUUGGCCCCGCACGAAAUUCACGCAGGUCGAAGGUGUGUUCGCCAAAUGGGAGCCGCAACGCCACCGAGAACGCGUGUACGGACGACAACCUCGACUUGCGCGUUACGACCGCCGCGACCGCACCGCGCUUCCUCUCCUUCCUCUUUCCCCACUCGUCGUGGGUGGCACAGGCGUUCCUCUCCGCGCUGUCCGAGGACGGGAUGGCGCUCAUGACCGCGUGUAUUCUUUUUCUUAUUUCCUUUGCCGGCUUUGUGACGAUGAACUUCAUUGCGCCGUCCCGCACCACUCGCAUCGCUAGUCAGCUAAAUGCGAUGUUCACCGGCGACGACGAGGAGAGACAGCGGAUGUGGCUUGGCGGCGUGAUGCCGGAGGUGGUGGUGCUCUUGCAGGCGGGCCUGCGGGUGAUGCUCGUCCCUGCGUUGGCGAUCAGCGCGAGUGGAGUUUACGUUUUAGGCAACGCGGAUCGUCGUCGCCCCGGAUGCUGGCUGGCCGGCUACGGCUGCGCCGCUGUCAUUUUGGGCCUCGCGCUGCUCUAUCUCCUGCUGCGCGUUGUCCUCGGUAGUCAGCUGAGUGGGCUGGAAGGGAACAUCAACGCAUCUCUGUACGAGGUGUGGAACGCGCUGCGUGAGGACGGGGUGCCGUGCCAGUGGGAGAGAGCCUUUCCAUGCUCCGGAUUUCAUUGGUGCUGCGUGACGAACACGUCUGCCCUGGAGGACGAGGAGGAGGACCUGGCAGCGUCGGCGGCGUGGGCGUCACUGUGCUUCGUCACGCUGCCGAGCGGGGCGGCGGUGACGCAGGACGGCACGGACGUGACGGAGGCGGUGCGGGCGCAGUGCGGCGUACUGAGGACGCCGGAAGGGGUGGACCCCGAGGAGGUGCUCGCACGCACCUCCGCGUGUGCCCUCAGCGCCGUUCGAACAACGUUGACCGCGACAGCGACGAGUAGCGACGCGAAGCUCGAAAGCUGUGAGAACUACAUUCUAGGCCAUUUAACAUCCACCAUCGGAUUCGGCUUGUGUCUCGCCUUGGGCAUGUCCGUCUGCAGUUUGGUGAGCGGCGUUGUGGCCACAGUUGCUAACCUGCAGCGCAUCCGCACGUCUGACUUUGUGCUCGUGAACGACCCCGCAGCGGCGGCGGGCGAGCGGGCCAUGGCGGCGAAGGAGAAACACUGA